GGUCAAUAGAGAGACCAAGUGAAAAAGAAGACUCAGCCUACUCUCUGGUCGCCAGCGUGCCCUCCGUUCGCGACCCGAUCGGCCUACCUUCAGCAUGGGAAAGCCAUUUUAGCUGAAUCUGAGAAGGAGCGAAGGUUAUAGCGUGCUCUGCAGCCGCAGCAGCCUAAAUACGGGCUUUGUCAACGGUGUAAAAGCUGUUUCGAGUGGCUCUUUGGACGGUCACUGAGGAAUUCCCAGUGUGCAAUCUCUUCCUGAGUCGGCCGCACAUGGUCGAGCGAUCAAGACGUCACUCACUGGUGCGGAAUGUCAGUGGCGGAGGCAGCGGGAGCUUCUACGGCUACAUCGGAGAGCUACGCAACGCCUUCGACCCCAAUUCUGGUCUCCUCAAGAGCUGGCGCCAAUUGCUGCUCUGCUGUCUGCUGUACGAAGCCUUCUUGCUGCCAUUCGUCGUGACUUUCGCAGCUAAAAACGGUCUCCCGUCGUCUACCGCAGCAUUUCGUGCCUUUUACGCAAUAGAAUUUCUAUUCUGUGCCGACUUUUACGUAAAACUCAACACAGGAUUCUACGAAGCUGGAGAUAUCCAUCGAGACAAACGCAAAGCUCGAGCCAAGUAUAUCAAGUCUGUUGGGUUCUUCCUCGAUGUCCUGGCUGUCCUUCCGCUAUCUCUCAUCCUCCCUGCCACCAAUACAGCAACUUUCCCACAAGGGAUCGGCUGGCCAGGCUGGCUGGAGUUCCACAAGUUCCUACGUCUCUGGCGAGUACCCGGAUAUUUGUCGAAUCUAGACGAUGUCUAUGCAAAAUACUUUCGAGCACUUAAAUGGCUAAAAGUUCUGAUAGUCACAGCGUUCGUGGCUCAUGUCAUAGCGUGUGGACGCUUCGCAUUCGGCUGCAGAGACCCAAGUACACACAUAUCUGACACUUGGCUCCCUCUUGAGAGCGAACCACUAGGCACACAGUACGUCCAAGCUCUGUUUUGGAGCGUAGGGCUGCUCACUGGAGCCUUUGAAGGUGCACUACCUCGAUACAACUCGGAGUUCGCGUUCACAUUGGCGGUAAUGUUGCUAGGGUUUAUCCUCUUUAUCUACGCUUGCUCCACUCUAUUCAUGCUGUCCAAGUCGGAGAGUAACCAGACUAUGCUGGCUCAAGCACGUAUCAACCAACUCCGACAUUUACUAACGUUUCAUCGCGUACCAGAGACGCUGCAGACGGAGGCAGUGGAGUAUCUAAAGCGUCACUACACAGACGCUGAGUCCAAUGAUCGAGAGGUAGUUAAACUACUAUGUCCGUCAAUUACCAAGGAUAUCCAAGUAGAAUUAUUGAGGGGUAUGGUCGGCCGUAUUCCUCUCUUCCGUGGUUGCAACCAACAGUUCAUCGUGGCACUCACCAGUUUAUUAGAGAUGACGAGUGUUCCUGCCCAUGUCACGCUUUUUGAGGCUGGAGACAAGGGUGACUACAUGUACGUGGUCAAUUCGGGAGUGUUACACAUCUUGGUGAACGGUGUGAAGGUGCGUGAGCUACGACAGGGAAGCUUUUUCGGCGAAGUGUCAGUGUUCUCGAAGCGCCCACGGUCUGCCGCUGUCGUGACCACUUCGUAUUGCACGCUCUAUCGUCUGUCAAGGUUCCACACGGAGCGAGUGCUGGAAGGUUAUCCGGACUACGCUGUACAAAUCGCCGAGACAAUCGACGAGAUGCUCAAUGAACGAGAAACAGGCAAAUCCUCGCAUGGCGGUGGUGAGGAAUAUAUGCUGACGACGUUGUAUCACUUGUCCUCGAAGUCUCCACUGAAAAAGAAGCGUGCGUCUUUACGAGAUCGAGCGAAUAAGGCACGAUCGUCUCUGGUUCGUAGCAAGUCCACAAGAGCUUUAUCUUCGACACGACACUCCGAGUAUGACGGAGGUAACAUCUCUAUGAACGAGAAGCGUGCCAUUAACUUCACUCCUGCUCCGAUUGUAUUGCCGCCCAAAGUUAUCGCCAAGAAACCUUCUUCCAAGCUGGUGCGCAGCCAGUCAGCAUACGCUCACCGCGUGUCGAAUGGGAUGAACUGGUGGCCCCCACGCGCUCCGAGUUUGAAGAGCUCAACAGCUGCACACCCAGACUCGAUGCAAGGAUUCUACGACAAUUUAUCUCGACGUCGUGGGUCCCAACAACUGGCUGAAGACGCCUUAUCUCGAGUCUUUUGUCGUCUACUCAUGCGUCGUGUAAUUGACCACACGUCUCGGUGGCGGAAAUACUGGCUCAUUAUCCUGCAAGGACAUUUGGCAGCGAACUGCUACAUCAUUUCGCUGCUCUUGUCCUUCCCGAUAUUGGAUUGUCCCAUCAUCAACCGUGGUGCACAAGCUGGAUAUGUUCUCAUGGAUAUUCUCUUGGGUAUCGAUAUUUACUUAAACUUCCACCUGACGUACACGACUAACCGAAAGAAAGUUACAGAUCCGCCACUUAUAGCGAAACAUUAUCUUCGAGGCUCUUUCGUUCCGGACUUGCUGUGCUGUAUACCAUACCGGCUGCUCGUACCACUCAGUGACUCAACUGUUUUGUUGACCCAUCCGGCUUUACUGCGACUACCAGUAUUGUUACGUGUUUGGCACAUUAAAGGGCAUUUGAAGGAGUGGGAGAACUCCUUUCGUCUUAGUCGUAAAGGCUGGUUUCUAGUCGCUGGAAUGGCGUAUUUGCUGUUACUCCAUCUUGUGGCAUGUGUGUACUUCAGUCUCACCUACGUGGAAGGCUUCGGUAGUGAAGAUAGUAGUGAUACUUCGUGGCUGCCAACCAGUGAAUUGGAGGUGAGACUGUGUGUGGAUCACUCGGAUGGGAUGUAUUAUUAUUCAAGUGGCCAUAGCAACACUUCGUAUACUCCAGCUGAAGCUCACGCUGUCGCGGGGAUACAAUACACACGCGCUCUUUACUUUGGCGCUACUAUGCUGACCACAUUGGGCAAGACCGUCGAGCCGUCAUCUACUCUGCAAUACUCUGUAGCACUGAUAUUGAUGUUAUGUGGCUUUCUCUCAAUGGCUGUGAUGGUUGACACGAUGCAGAAACGAAUCACAGCGUCGGCGUUCGAGCAUAAGGAGUUCUUAGUAACACGCACUCGAGUCCAGCGAUUCAUCAAGUCUCGGACGGUCCCUCCAGGUGUUCACCAGCGAGUCAAGUCUUUUCUGGAUUUCUGGUGGUCUUGUCAUCGUGGUGCCGUUGCUAGCGAUCUAUUAAACGACCUACCCGAGACGAUCAAGCGUCCAAUAUUACGCAGUAUGUGCCAGCCAGCACUACGCACGUUGUCCCUUCUGGCAGACGUUCGACCUUCGUUGGAUGCAUUGGAGCAGGUGUUCAUCGACAACGUUCGGUUCAUUCUUUACGGCCAGGGGGAGAUCAUUUACAGACAGGGAGACUAUGCCAGUGGGCUCUUUUUCCUUAUCGAAGGCGAGCUGAUUAUUAUCGUCGAUGGUGGUGCCCCUCGUACUAUAGUGAAAGGAGGGUUUAUUGGGACUGCUGCUCUGAAUCUAAGCGAGACGUCCGUAAGCUAUGCAGAGCGCGUGACAGCAGCUAGUGGCUGCAUCUUACUUUUCUUAUCACGUGACCAUCUCAACGGCAUGCACAAGGUUUUCCCGACGUUUUCUAUGGCCCUUCGAGCCUUAGAAAAAAGACUGGAAGCGGCCAAAUUGGCUCGAGUGCAGCAAGAUUUUCAAAACCGUGAACGGUCUUUCAGUGGAGGAGUCAAGCCGAUGCCUACCGGUCCCAAGAAACUCACACUAGAGAUGAAGGUGUUAGAGUGUCUAGGCCUCGGAGACAUUAUUUUCGGUCCAGACGAGACGAGUUUCGAGAUGUGGGAACUCUGGAUGUUUGCUUUGACUAUUGCGUUGUAUAAUAAAGUGGUUGGAGAGAUCACGGCUGGCGUGGACGCUAGUAAAAUUGUAAAGUCCGAGGUUAUAGCUGUUCUCUUUGAAAUCUUCUUCGCAAUCGACUUUUUCUUCCAUUCCCGACUCGGGUACUAUGAGUACGGCAACAAAAUUAUGGACGUCGCUACAAUACGCAAAGAAUUCUUCCGUUCUCGAGAGUGUUGGUGCGAUAUUCUCGCGCAGGUUCCACUGUAUAUGGUGAACUGGAUGGUCGGUUCAAAGAAUCGCCACGAAAUCCUCAGUAUCAACAAACUCUUCCGCCUACUUCGAGCGAGACAAACCUUCGCCAAAUUGGAAGAAAAACACUUGAGUCGUACACUGCAACUGAGACUGGCUAAGCUCGUCUUGCUGUCGUUCAUUCUGACGCAUCUAUUUGGCUGCAUCUGGUUCAAUUUCAAGAGUUCUUCGGAUGUCGACGCAUGGCUGCCGUCUCCAUCCCUCAAGACGGCAGACGUGGAUGUCCAGUACUCGGCUGUGUUGUUCUGGUCGUUUGGACUCAUGUCGAACUCGUAUGCUGGAGAACCUCCAAAGACUGAGGCGCAGUGUUGUUUUACUAUCCUUGUUCUCCUCUCGGGCGCGUUUCUCUUUGCUUACGUAGUUGGGAACAUUUCAGACGUCGUGGAGCUCAUCGAUGCCAACUCGCGGGACUUCAACACCAAGCUCAGCUCCCUGCGACUACUACUGGCACAUUUCCACCUCCCAGUUACGAUCCAGGAACAACUUAAAACUUAUUUUUUCUUUCAUCGGUAUCAUACCAUCACUCAAGAAUAUCUCUUGGAGAGCUGUCUGCCACCGUCUCUGUUAACCGAAAUCCGUCUCGUUCAUCUCCAACCAAUGAUCUCCAAGGUCGGGUUUCUAGCUGGAAUGGAAGGGUCUGUGACGCGGAUGCUCGUCUCGCAGUUUGUCCAAGCUCUCACAGUUAAAGACCAGUUCGUAUUCCGCUUAGGAGAAGAAGGAAGCGACAUGUUCUUCGUGUUCACGGGGAUUAUCGACGUCUUAGUACCGCUCGAGACAGUUCACCGCCGUCAGUCACACGACGAGAGGAUUAACGCUCUGGGUUCUCCUUCUCGAUCAUCGUUCCACACAGUCUUCCCCACUCUCGAUCCGUCAAAACUACAGUCUAAAGGCCAGUUGAAAAAGGUUAACGAACUCACAUCGGGUAGUUACUUUGGAGAAGUGGCGCUAUUUACGAGUAAACCACGUAGUGCUCACGCUCGGUGUAAGACAUCUUGUGUGCUCUAUCGACUGUCACGUCGCUCACUUGAGCUUGUGUUCGAACGGUAUCCAGAUUGGAAACGAAAAGUACUUAAGAUCGUUAACAUUCAACAGGAACAGCAACUUCUACGUAACUUGUACAUGGAAGAGCAGAUGGAUAUCGCUGGGAACACCACGAAGAAAGUCAUGAGUCAAGUGGACAUUCUGGGUGACUCUGCUAGUCUAAGCAAGAGCGUAUCCGCUGGAAGUUCAGCUGGCAGCUUCUCUGAAAAAUUACCCCAACAUGGAGCGAGGAUUCCAGCUACUCGACCACUGGGGGCCCUGAAAAGGGCCGGUUCCUUCUUCUCUUCGUACAAAGCACAGCGUUCUGUAUCCACCGAGACCGCAGUCAUGGCCCAACAGAAGAAAGACGUGAUUUGGGUCGAUAUGCUGCUGCAAUGUACUGAUGCCCAGAGUACAUUCCACAUCCAAUGGUUAAUGAUCAUUGCAGUCGGUACAAUCUACAUGGCGUUGAUAAUUCCGUACCGCAACUCGUACGAUGUGUUGGAACGGUUGAGUCCAUUGCCCAUCGUCGCUCGGGCGCUGGAGCUAACGUGUGAGGUCUUGUUUGGGUGGGAUAUUUGGGUCAAUUGGAACCUCAAAGACGGGCUGGAAUCGAUGGAACUGUACGAGAACAAGCAGCGAGACGCCUACCAGAGAGAGCGACUAUGGAUCGAUGUGAUCGCAGCGAUCCCGAUCGACCAUUUCCUAGCGGAUUUUUACCAAUCCCCACUGCUGUGUUUGAAUCGAUGUCUCAAGUUGUUCAACUUCCCGCACUAUAUGCGGGAGAUCAACCGUCGAAGUGUGGCGUACGAGAAGAACCGCCUCUGCACGCUGUGGAUCUUGCUGUUUGUGUUAAUGCACUGGUGUGCAUGCGCCUAUUUCUCCAUUGCAUCGGUCACGAGCACAGCGAAAACUUCAGACGAUUGGGACGAAUGGACUCCACCACGUAGCGCUACGGAUACCUCAUGGACAGACCCACCGAUGGAAUUUCUGAUGCUCCGUUUCUUGCGUGGAAUAUUUUUCUCCUCCACCGCGUUUAUCAAGAAAGGAAAAGUGUUUGAACCUACAAAUUACGCCGACUACACGUUCACGAUCUUCGUGGACUUUGUCGGGUUAAUGACGAUGGCGUUUAUGAUCGGGGAGAUGGCGAAUCUGCACGUCUCGUACACCAGUAACGAGGUGGAGUUUCGAAAGAACCACAUCGCGGUCGAUUUGUACUUGGAACGCUGGCAUAUUACUGGAAAAUUACGAGCUCGAUCGCAUGCCUUCUUGUCUUCUUUGUGGAGUUCCCAUCGAGGUGUGAGUUACCAGGCAAUCUUUGACGAGAUCCCGCAAGUGAUCCGAACGGAGAUGAUCAUGCACAUCGCCAAUCUACCACUGCGAGUGUUCAUUAACAACGUGUUCCGUCCAUUCGCCACCGCUCACCCCCAUGAUCGUGACGUAGAGGCGAUCACACGUGCAAUAGCCCAGCAGCUUAAAUACGAGGGAUAUCCUCGAGAUGAGUGUGUGAUCGUAGAAGGAAGCGUCUCGAAGGAAAUGUAUUUCGUUGUCAAAGGUUAUCUACUAUCUACUACGAGUGGGGAUCAGUCGGAAGAGCGAAGAGAUCGACACUACAAGAAGGGGGAUUACUUCGGAGAGCAUGGGUUACUGGGGUACUCUGUAGGCGUAUCGACUGUCAAAACCAUGUCGGCUUGUGACUUGUUGUCGCUAAGCUCGGAAGAUCUGCUGCAGGUGAUUCUAUCACGCCCGCUAUUCCAAACAGCGCUUAGUAUAGCGGUGGAGGGAUAUCGAGAGGUAUCUAAGAUAACGCGAUCGAAUCGACCAACCACGACUCUGGACGGUACACAACGAGUAGAAGAAGAUUGGGGGAUUGUGUUGUUUCAACUGUUGAGAGCGCGAAGGAAGAAGUGGCUGCAGGAGGCGCUUGCUUUCAGUACCGGAGAUGCAGAUGACUCUUUUAACGAGCCUUGGACAGCCUCCUGCUUGAAACCAGGGCAGGAGGUUGGACUCGUGACGCUUUCAUCACCAUCAGCGUGCGUUAAAAUGUUUGAGAAACUUCUUCGACUGAUCGCCACUCGAGGUUUACUUGAUACCAAGAGUUUGCACCAGUCGACGGCGCAGUUCCAGGACACACACCCGGUUAUGUCUGCCGACCUCUCACCGCAACGCACCGCCAGCAUGUUGACGAUCGAGAAGACUGACACCAGGAAGGGUAGCCUCGACAAGCUCUCCUAUCUUCAUUAAGCUCCAUCCACCUUUUCCGGCAUGAGUUAAAACACUGCCUUCCAAAACCCGGUUUGAUUAGUUUCAUCGGUAAUUUAUUUCCAAUUACAAUGGUUUGCUCAUCAAAAAGCGGCUGCUGAAACGCGAU